CACCACUGGAAAUCAUUAGCUAGUUACCUUCUGGCGGCGUAACAUGUGGAAGACACUGGUGUAGAAACAGCUGAUCCUUAAAUUCGGUUACGUUAAGUCGUGCAUAAAGAAUGAACUAUUUUCAUAAAAUUGCUGAUUCAGAUAGUAAACUAAAAAAUUAUUGAACAUUUCAGAAUGUCGACACCUUUCUGCGACUGGCAGAUUACCAAGCAAUCAAUCAAGGACCGGGGCGGUUAUCUCUUCAAAACAGGAAUAUGGAGUGACUGUAGAUUCAUUGUAGGGACCAACCAACAGAUUAUAGAUGGCCACAAGCUCUUUUUGGCUAUGUCUAGUCCUGUAUUUGAGGCCAUGUUUUUUGGAGAAAUGCCUGAAAAGGAUCCAAUACCUAUUGUUGAUGUUCAGCCAGAUGCUUUCAAAGCGCUUUUGGAAUACGUCUAUACAGACAGAAUUAACCUUACAUCAUUUGAUCAAGCCUGCGAAUUAUGCUAUGCUGCUAAAAAAUAUAUGUUGCCUCAUCUAGUGGAAGGAUGUACUAAAUAUUUGUGGUCGGAUCUGAAUCCUAGGAAUGCAUGCAGAGCUUAUGAGUUUGGAAAACUGUUUGAGGAACCAUUGCUGAUAGACAAAUGUAUACAGAUAAUUUGUGAUAAGACCCGUGAAGUACUCUCAGAUACCAGUUUUGAUGAAGUUCAAUUCAAUACUUUACUAGAUAUUCUAGACCAAAAUCAACUGAAUAUACAGUCAGAAUUAGAUUUAUUUUCAGCUGUUGAAGGGUAUGCGCAAAGAGCAUACAAUCAUUCAGUUCAACAAUCAAUCGAAUCGACGGUAACCGCAAGCAGGAAUUCACCGCAAACACAGACCCCAGAAAACUUAGUGUCUGAAGCGGUGAAGAAGAUUCGGUUCCUUACAUUCACGCCUCAACAAUUUGCUGAUGGGCCUGGCAAAUCCAAUCUGCUCGCUGAAUCGGAAAAACUUGCCAUACUAAUGAAUAUCUGUUCGCCUAAUGCUGUGAUCCCCAUGCCAUCAGGUUUUACCACCAAUCGAAACUCCAGGUGUAAAGCUGAAAAUUUCGCACUGAAAUCAAACGCUAAGUUGCAGACGAUUGCAGAAUGUAAAAAGUUGUACUGUACCAUAUCAAUAAAAGAUCCAUAUCAAUGCACGGACCUUAAUAACAGAGAGACUACUGAACUGUUCAAGACAGAUUGGAAUGUAUUCAUCCAUGGGAUACAGGUAUUUGCGCAAACAAAGGCACACCUUCCACACCUUCGUCAGGUACUAUACCAAGAACUGAUGUAUGCUUAUCUGAAAGAAGAUAAUUGUCGUCCAGGUCAUUUGACUGACAGACAUUUUGAAGAUCAGGUGUACUCCGAGUCUACGAUCGACAUAAUUUUCACACGACCUGUAUACAUUGAAAAAAAUAAGGUAUACCAUCUCGGUCUCCUCAUGAGAAAACGGGGAAAUUAUCCCAAAAGUAGGCGGUCUAACCGGUCGAUUGGGUGUCCGGGGGUGCGCUUUACGUUGAUACGAGAAAUCUUUGGCGGUCCAGAUGAUGAAAAUAGGUUUAUUUGCGGUAUCAUAUAUUCGAUACCCAGCCGAAGUCAACAUCGGCUGUAUUUGAUACCUUCUGCUGCUGCGACGAGUGUGCCGGGACAUUGAUGGAUUUCCGCGAAAUGCCUCUAAUUCGGAUUAGAUUUUUUUGAAAGCGUCAAACGCCUGAAGAGUUCACGUGGUCCACAAGGGGUUAAAUGUGUAACUUUCGAGCGUCAAAGUUGAAACAAACCAGUGUCGAUGUUUUUGUUGUACGUGUUAUUCCAGGUCUUUAUGCCCAAGUCCUCAUGUGCUUUUCUGGAGGUUACUAGAUUUUACUGAUUACUUUGAGGUUGACACAAUUUAUUCAUACCAUGAAGUUUAUAGGCGCAGUCAUACUCGCACACGGUCGUUGACUUGAGGCUCCAAAUCCAAUCGCGUGAUCACUAUUCUCGAUCGGCGCUUGACGCUCUCAUGACGGUGACCUUUGCAUUAGUUUAAAGGUGUACGCCGAUUGAAGCGAAGGGAUCACAAGCCAAAUUGUUCUGUUCGGUUCCUUUACACUUAGCUAAAAAUGAUAAGCCGUGAGUUGGCACCAGCGUUGCCAUACGUACGAUAAUUUCAUGUACUGUACGAUACUUCGAGUACGAUAAUAGCUAAAUGUACGAUAAUAGUUAAAUGUACGAUAAUUUGAUGAAUGAGGUUUCUUUUAUUAAAAUGUGUCGUUACACUUCUCCCCGCCCCUCCCAUCUCCGCUCUCAAAUUAUAAUGAAUUGCCUUUUGUCGCCUCUUGCCCCUUCCCCCCGUUCUUCAAUUGACACGAAUAGGCUGCAUAGGCAACGAAGGCACCCCCCAUUCUUCGGAGACGGAAGGACCUUCGACACAGUGUACGAUAAUGUACGAUACCAACCAACGCUGGUUGGCACAUUACGAAGCGAAGUGACCCGACGUUUAACGGGCAGGUUAACUACAGUUUGACGCUCGGAAAAAAUCGCUUCUUUUUCUUGGCUUCGCUUCGCUCCAGUGGGCGUGAACCUUAAUGCUCUCUUAUAGAUUUGGCCUUUGAUUUUAUCGCCGGGAUUAGGUAAAAAGUGACAUUUCCAACUUCGGUGCAUAGCAUAUACACGGGCAUUCUUUUCUGCAGUAAAAUGGAAUUAUUACAGAUCGCAGGAUUAAAUGACAGCAAUGAAUGCUAGUGAAUAUGCUGUAAAUGAAAAUUAAACAGUAUAAUACUCGUAUUGUAACUGAAGUUCAUUCAGUGGAAAAUGGCCCCUAAUACGCUUUGGCUGUUGUACCUAUCAUUCGGGAAAAUGGAAAUAUUAUACAAGGGCGGUCCGAUAAGUACUUAGCCUACAAAAGAAAAACGAAAAUUUUCUAAAAGUGGCGAUUUAUUUUUCAACAUAGUCUCCCUUUCGCUUGAUACACUUGACCCAGCGAUGCUCCAACUUCUUUAACCCGUCUGAAAAAUCCGUUUUCUGGAGGUUUGCAAAGUAGGCUCAUCAAAAACCGGGCAACAACGUUGAAACUCAUUGAAUCAGUUUUUGACGGUCGCCAUCGAAGGAGAAGAGUUACCGUACACAGCAUCCAAGCGCUCUUUGAUUUCGCUGCGCGAUUUCACUUCCAAAAACAAGAAUUGAAUCACCGACCGAUAUUGCCCUUCGACAGAAAUUUUGACGGUAGUGUGCUACACGAUAGUAAUUUUCUUUCGCGAUAGUGACGUCGUUAGGCGGUGAGGCUAAGUACUUAUCGGACCGCCCUCGUAUUUGGUUUGAAAAGUCACUAUUACUGGCGAUACUUUAUUGUAAAAUACAUUAUAUUUUUUUGCUUUCGAGCUUCAGAUAUGUUUGUAUACUAAUACUAUUGUAAUGAGAAUGUAAAAAUGUAUGUAAGAAUAUACUUUUUUUUUAAUGUGCAA